UUGACGGUAAUGUUCACGCCGUCAUCCUCACUAAAAACGUGUGUCGUUUUUUUAAUUAAAAAACACCAGAUACGUUUUUUUAUCUUUUUUAUCUGUUCUAAAUCGAAUUGGGGAUCUAGGGUUUACUCAAAAUCAAAAUCAGAAGGAGAAAGCUCGAUACUUGGCGACGAGCAAGAGAUUCGAACAGAGUACGUCGUCUCAAUUGAUUUGUUAAGCAUCUUAGUAUAGCAAGUUGUUUCUGGGCUUUGUUUUUCACUUCAUAAAUCAUGUAUAUGUGUAGAUAGCGAUAAUUGUCUGAGUUAGAAUUGGUUUCACUUCGUGAAUCAUGUAUAUCAAGUUGUGUAGAAGCUCUUUUACAUGUUUAUAUCAGAUAAUGGUGUUGUAUAUGUGUAGAUGGCACACAGUUCAAGUUCAUCAAACGUUGUGUACAAAAACGAAAAAGGUGUGGUUUGCAAUUGUAACUGCUUAGCAAACGUUGUUCAAGCUUGGACUGAUGACAAUCCCGGGAGGAGGUUCUAUAGCUGCGAAAAACGCAAGACUGGAGAUGAAUAUGAUUGUUGUAACUUUUUUCAGUGGUAUGAUGUUGAGAAGCCUCAUGGAUGGCAGCGUGAUGCAUUGAUUGGUGCUAGAAAUGUUAAUCGCCAACAAAGAGAGGAGAUUAAGAGUCUGAGGAACAAGAUAAGAGCACUUAGGGAAAACAUGGGACCAAAUUCAAUAGAUUUGAAGGAAAAAACUGAAGCAUGUGACGCAUGUGAAGGGCUCAAAAGGGAGGUGCUGAUACUAAACGAGAGGAGCAGAGUGUAUCGCAAUGUUCUCAUAACGUCAUCAGUUGGAUUCACUGUUGUUCUUGGUGUGUUCAUUGGUGUGUUGAAGUGGUAGAAGGUUAUUCAAAGUUGUUUG